UCACUGCCGCCGGAAAAAACCGCCGGCAAUUUGCACCAGGGAUAGCGCGGUGCCAUCAGUGGCAGUCCGCGCUGUGUCAUACACAAACACUCGAGCCGCGCUGCCGGGCGAACUUCAAUUUGUCGGGGCGUCAGGCCGUUUUGACGCGGCCGGCCGGCGAUGGCGGGGUACGGGGGCGCGCUCAGUGCGGGCGGGGGCGGCGGCCGGGCAGGGCUACCAGGCCAGGUGCUCAGGCAGCAGGUGUUCGCGCCCCAGCUGGCCGCCAUGCCCACCUACGAGCAGGACGGCAAGGAGACGCCCUCCUCCUGCGCCUUCUCCCGCUGCCAGGCUCUCGGAGUCGGCACCCUAGGUGUGGAGGAGCGGCCGUUCGAGCCUCUGGACGACCUGUACUUUCCGGGCAGCCCGUACCGGGUGCAGCGGCACGCGGCCAACAUCCGCGAGCGCAAGAGGAUGCUCAGUAACACUUGUUCCAGCAUCAAUUCGGCGUUCGAGGAGCUGCGCGUGCACGUGCCGACGUUCCCGUACGAGAAGCGGCUGAGCAAAAUCGACACGCUGCGACUGGCGAUCGCCUACAUCGCGCUGCUGCGCGAGGUGCUGGACAGCGACCUAGACCCCAUCACCUACAUCGACAAGUGUCUGCGUGGCGAGAUCCGCACCGAGGGCAGCGUCGAGUGGAACACCUCAGACCUGACGGCGAGGCUGUCCUGGAUCAACUGGGAGAACCUGGGAGUAAACCCGGCCCGGCGCAGCGUGCUCACCUCGUUCUCGGUCAGCCACGACCUACCAGGCAACUAACCGGGCUGAGCUGCGGGCGCCGGCCCGAC